GUUAAAAAAAAAAGGAGACGAUCCAAAACUGAGGAGUUUGACUUUCUCACAAGUCAGUAUGAAAUCAAGGCUACAGUGUUUUGUUUUCUUGGGAAGUUUAUGACAUUUCACAUUUUAUUUAUUUCUUCUUUAACAAAUCCUUUUCUGUUGUCAUUCUGACUGGUGACGUCAGCGCGCAGUGCCAGACGGUCCAGGUUUUUGGGUACCGAGUGAGGCAUCUUCUCAGCACACACUGCCUGUAGGUCCGGGUUAGGCCACGCCCUCUGGCUACCUGCAGAGCAGGUAGUCCCCACCUGAGCAAACUGCGGACAAAAUGAGCCUCCAGGACUUCAAGACAGCUGGCAGACCGUCCGAAGCCCCGAAACCACUAACGCCUGUCGUGCACUUGAAUGUCGGAGGUCACCUGUUCACCACCUCUCUGAGCGUCCUCAGGAAACAUCCAGAAUCAAAGCUGGCCAACCUCUUCAGCGGCCAGCCCAAACUGCACACCGACCUGCAGGGACGGUACUUCAUAGACCACGACGGUUCCUAUUUUGGAGCCAUCUUGGAGUUCCUGCGUACAGAUCGGCCACCCACCAAGGACAUCCAGGAGGUUCACCGGGAGGCGAUCUACUACAACAUCACGCCACUGAUCAAGCAGCUGGAAGAAAGUCCUCAGCUUUUUGGGGAGUUGGUGGCGAGACAGCAGUUCCUGUCUGCGGUCCCUCACUACAAAGAAAACAUCGAGGUGCUGAUUCGUGUCGCUCGGGCAGAGGCCAUUGCUACCCGACAGUCCGUCAUCAUGAUCUGCGUGCUGCGGACGGAGGAGGAUUUGGGUUUCUAUGACAGCGCCAUCAAUAGCCUGGCCGCCAAUAAGGAGUCAGUGGUGACUUUUGGGCCCUGGAAGGCCAUCCCCUCCGUUAAAGACCUGCUGGACUGUAUCAAGAUGGACAUCGAGAGCCAAGGCUACAAAAUUAGCAUCCAGCCUCAUGUGAUGGAGAAAACCUUCCUGUCCAAAACCUACGAUUUCUUCUACAAACUGACCUUCACCUGGUGGUGAACUCCUGGUUUAUUUUUGUUUGUUUAUUUUUUAUGGGAUAGAAAACUGAGCUUUCUGAAGUGUAAUACAUUUCUGAAGUCGACGUGAAGUAAGCAGCCUAAAAAGUAAAACCCAACAAACCAACAUGAAUGAAGGAGAAUCAGUGCAGACCAAUUUUUGGGUCUAAACAGGAAAAAAGUUAUUAAUUCAUAAAGUAUAACAACACAAAACUGUUUCAGAAGUACAGUAGUUAGUGGAUGUUUUUUGUGUGAAACUUUUCAGGUACAUUUUGAAGUCACAUUUUUGCAAGUUAAAGAAAUUGUUUAGACAUCUAACUUACUGAUGGUGUUUUGACAAAUUUAGAUUUUCUAAUAAAUCAAGUUGUUU